UGUAUACCGAUAAACAUUGGUCCGUGUCAUCGUCAUCAUCAUCUUCUUCUGUUUCAGAGUGUGGUGGUGACCACACAAUGUCAACUCUGUGUUCUGCACUUCCACCGUCAUCUUCACCCUCCAUAGCAAACUUCAUCUCUGACCACCCAUGCCUCACCAUGCUCCAAAACCAAUGCUUCAACAUGAAAGACCUCCAAAAGAUACACCCCCACAUCAUCAAAACUGGCCUUGCUCUUGACCACAUUGCUGCAAGCCGUGUUCUCACUUUCUGUGCCUCUUCAUAUGGUGACAUCAAUUAUGCUUACUUGGUCUUCACCAGGAUUCCAAACCCAAAUCUUUAUUGUUGGAACACAAUCAUCAGAGGCUUCUCUCGGAGCCCGACCCCUCAGUUUGCAAUUUCUCUUUUUGUUGAUAUGUUGUAUUCUUCUGUUGAACCCCAACGGCUCACUUACCCUUCUGUUUUCAAGGCUUAUGCUCAAUUGGGUGCUGGCCAUGAUGGAGCUCAGCUUCAUGGAAGGGUUGUAAAAUUGGGUCUUGAAAAAGACCAUUUUAUUAGUAAUACUAUCUUGCACAUGUAUGCUAAUAGUGGGCUGAUGAGUGAGGCUAGAAGUGUGUUUGAUGAACUUUUGGAACUUGACGUGGUAGCUUGCAAUUCGAUGAUUAUGGGGCUUGCUAAGUGUGGGGAAGUUGAUAAAUCUAGGAGGCUGUUUGAUAAUAUGCCUACAAGAACAGCAGUUACUUGGAAUUGUAUGAUUAGUGGAUAUGUAAGGAAUGGGAGGCUAAUGGAGGCAUUGGAGCUUUUCCGCAAGAUGCAGGAAGAAAGGGUUGAGCCUAGUGAAUUUACAAUGGUGAGCUUGUUAAGUGCUUGUGCUCAUUUGGGAGCACUUCGACAUGGGGAAUGGGUUCAUGAUUAUAUAAGGAGGUGUAAUUUUGAGUUGAAUGUCAUUGUUCUCACUGCAAUAAUUGACAUGUACUGCAAGUGUGGAUCUAUUGAAAAGGCUAUUGAAGUGUUUGAGGCAUCACCCACAAGAGGAUUAUCGUGUUGGAACUCCAUCAUAAUAGGACUAGCCAUGAAUGGUCACGAGAGAGAAGCCAUCGAGUACUUCUCUAAGCUUGAAUCCUCAAAUUUAAAGCCAGACUGUGUCAGUUUCGUUGGUGUUUUAACUGCUUGCAAAUAUCUAGGAGCAGUAGAAAAAGCAAGGGACUAUUUUACCCUCAUGAUCGAUAAGUAUGAGAUUGAGCCAUCAAUAAAACACUACACUUGCAUGGUCGAAGUGCUUGGUCAUGCUGCGCUCCUAGAAGAAGCAGAAGAACUAAUAAAGGGUAUCUCUAUAGAGGCAGAUUUUAUUAUAUGGGGAUCUUUGCUUUCAUCUUGUAGGAAGCAUGGGAAUGUAGAAAUUGCAAAACGAGCUGCACAAAGAGUUUUUGAGUUAAAUCCGAGGGAAGCCAGUGGCUAUUUACUUAUGUCCAAUGUUCAGGCUGCAUCCAACCAAUUUGAAGAGGCAUUGGAGCACAGAAUUUUGAUGAAGGAAAGAUUAGUAGAGAAGGAACCCGGAUGCAGUUCAAUAGAACUACAUGGAGAGGUUCAUGAGUUCUUGGCAGGGGGAAGCCUACACCCCAAAGUUCGAGAAAUUUACUCUCUACUGAAUAACUCUGGUUUUGCACUUCAAGAUUGAAUAUCUCCGAAGUGAUGAAUUUGUGAAAUUUAAAAACCAAGCUGUAUGCAAGGAAAUAGCUUUGAUGCAAAGAAGAGUUACAAUACAAUGUAUGAGAAUCUCACAAUCGAACCGAACAUCCAGUUUGCUUGUCAAUACCCGGGGAUUUAUAGUUUGAUCAGGGGAAAAAAGUGCCUAUAUUUCAUUAUUGUUAUACUAUGUCUUCCCAAAUUAUUCCAGUCAUAUUUGGUUAUUUUGAUUACAA